AUGAAAAUGGUUGUCAUUUUCUUCAUAUAUUUUGCGAAAUGUUAUACAUUUAAAAUGUUUGUUGUAAACUUUGACCUUCUGUAUAUUUUCUUGCUACCAAUCGUUUACUGUAACAAAGAUGCCAAUCGUUUAUUCGAAGAUUUAUUAGUUGAUUAUAAUAAACUUGUUCGACCAGUGGACAAUAAAACGAAUGCAUUGGUUGUUCGUUUUAAGUUAAAACUAUCACAGUUGCUUGAUGUGCACGAAAAGAAUCAGAUAAUGACGACGAAUGUUUGGCUUCAACAUACAUGGACAGAUAUCAAAUUGAGAUGGAAUCCGGAAGAGUAUGGUGGAGUAAAUGUUUUAUAUGUUCCAUCUGAUAUGAUAUGGAUUCCGGAUAUUGUGCUUUACAAUAAUGCUGAUGGAAACUAUCAAGUUUCAAUCUUAACUAAAGCUAAAUUAUCACCUAACGGAACUGUGGAAUGGGCACCACCAGCAAUUUACAAAAGUAUGUGUCAAAUCAAUGUGGAAUGGUUUCCAUUCGAUGAACAAACUUGUGAAAUGAAAUUUGGUUCAUGGACAUACAAUGGUUUAGAAGUUGAUUUAAAGCAUAAAGAUUCGGAUAAUGAACGAAAAGUAACAGAAAUAACUGUAGGAAUUGAUGGCGAACAUGUUGAAACAGUUUGGAUUGUUGAUAAAGGCAUUGAUCUAAGCGAUUAUUAUCCAAGUGUAGAAUGGGAUAUACUUGGCAUAUCUGGCAAACGCCAUGAAAUUAGAUAUUCAUGUUGUGAAUCACCAUUCAUUGAUCUCACAUACGAAAUUCAUCUUCGUCGAAAAACAUUAUUCUAUGCAGUGAAUCUCAUUUUUCCAAUUGUUGGAAUUAGUUUUCUUACGGCCUUAGUAUUUUAUUUACCAUCUGAUGGUGGUGAAAAGAUUUCAUUUUGCGUAUCAAUUCUAAUCUCAUUAACAGUAUUUUUUCUAUUACUUGUUGAAAUAACUCCGCCAACUUCAUUAGUAAUACCAUUAAUUGGAAAAUAUUUAUUAUUUACAAUGGUUCUUGUGACUCUGUCAAUAAUUAUAACUGUUAUAACUUUGAAUAUUCAUAAUCGGACACCAUCAACACAUAUAAUGCCAAUGUGGGCCAAGAAAUUCUUCAUCGAAUGGUUACCGAAAUAUUUGUAUAUGCAACGGCCAAUACCAACAGGAAUUGAAUUAACGCCAAUUGAUAAUAAUAAUUCAAAUGAACAUUUGCUUUGUCCAAUAAAUGUUUCUUCUAUUUUUCCCGAGUAUAAUGAAGAAACUUUCGGGAAUUCCAACCGACAACAUCAUGAAUCAACAACCUUACAAAAUGCUUUUGAUAGUGUUACAUUUAUUGCUAAUCAUUUAAAGGAUAAUGAAGAUGAUCAACAGGUAAUUGAAGACUGGAAAUAUAUGUCAAUGGUAUUAGAUCGAAUAUUUUUAAUUUUAUUCACUUUGGUAUGUAUGAUUGGCAGUGUUACCAUUAUCCUUCGUGCACCGACCAUUUAUGAUAGCACAGUCCCAUUAGCAUAA